GGGGCCAGGCAGAAGGAGCCGGGGAGAGGCGAAGCAUCAUCGUCCGCCCAUUUCCGCGGAGGCUGCACCGGGGUCAGAUGAACCGGGCGGGCCGAGCCAGCGGCGACUGAAAACAGCUGCAACAGCUGCAUAAGAGGCGGCGGCGGCGGCAAAGCCAAGGGGCCGCGGAGAGUCCCGGCCGAACCGAGUUGCUGCGGCUGCUGCUGCUGCUGCUCCGGGGUUGCUUCGGGGGCGACGCUGCUCCACCAUGGACGAAGACGGAGGAGGAGGAAGCGGGGGAAGCGUGCCAGAUGAUCUGUCUGCAGAAGAAAAAGAGGAACUUUUAAACAUCCGUCGUAGAAAGAAAGAACUCAUCGAUGAUAUUGAGCGGUUAAAAUUUGAGAUUGCCGAAGUUAUGACGGAGAUCGAUCACCUGACCAGUGUUGAGGAAAGCAAAGCUACCCAAAGGAAUAAGCAGGUUGCAAUGGGAAGGAAAAAAUUUAACAUGGAUCCCAAGAAGGGAAUUCAGUUUCUCAUUGAAAAUGAUCUCCUGCAGAACACACCAGAAGACAUCGCUCAGUUCCUGUAUAAAGGGGAGGGGCUCAAUAAAACCGUUAUUGGCGAUUAUCUCGGUGAAAGGGAUGACUUUAAUAUUAAAGUACUUCAGGCGUUUGUUGAGCUCCAUGAGUUUGUGGAUCUCAAUCUCGUCCAAGCAUUACGGCAAUUCCUGUGGAGUUUUAGGCUGCCGGGAGAAGCUCAAAAAAUUGAUCGCAUGAUGGAGGCGUUUGCUUCCCGCUACUGCCUUUGCAACCCGGGGGUCUUCCAGUCUACAGAUACCUGCUAUGUCCUCUCCUUUGCGAUCAUCAUGUUGAACACCAGCCUGCACAACCACAACGUGAGAGACAAGCCAACGGCGGAGAGGUUUAUAUCUAUGAACAGAGGGAUUAACGAGGGAGGAGACCUCCCAGAGGAAUUGCUACGGAAUUUAUACGAAAGCAUUAAAAACGAGCCCUUUAAGAUUCCAGAAGACGAUGGGAACGAUUUAACCCAUACCUUUUUUAAUCCAGAUCGAGAAGGCUGGCUCCUGAAAUUAGGCGGACGCGUAAAAACGUGGAAAAGGCGAUGGUUUAUACUGACUGAUAACUGCCUCUAUUAUUUUGAAUACACAACAGACAAAGAACCCAGAGGAAUCAUUCCACUGGAAAACCUCAGCAUCAAGGAAGUUGAGGAUCCAAGGAAACCAAAUUGCUUUGAGCUGUACAACCCCAGCCACAAAGGACAGGUGAUCAAAGCAUGCAAGACGGAAGCGGACGGCCGGGUGGUCGAGGGCAACCACGUGGUGUACAGGAUAUCAGCUCCCACGCCUGAAGAAAAAGAAGAGUGGAUUAAAUCCAUCAAGGCAAGCAUCAGCAAAGAUCCUUUUUAUGACAUGCUGGCCACUCGGAAGCGACGGAUUGCUAAUAAGAAGUAACGCUGAGGAAGGACUCUCACCAUCCCUGUGUCCAGUGCAGAGGAAACCUGUCUCAUCCCCAACAAAUUUGUGUCUUUGCUGUGUGGUGGAACCACAACGGAGCUGGACGUUUCUUGUUCCUCUUUACUAUCUGUUGGGGAUUGUGAUUCGUCGAUGUCCUGUUCUCCCUGGUAGAGGGAGAUCUUUUCCUCUGUGUCUUUAAGAGCUUACAUCCAGAGCUUACAUCCAGAGCUUACAUCCAGAUUGUUGUGCGUAGCAUUGAACCCCACUGAUGUGGCUUUUUGUGUGAUCACAUUUCUCUCUCCUCUGCAAGAUGGUCAUGCUUGAAAAAGCUUUCUAGGAAGUUGCUUUUCUCCCCCAACUGGUAUUCCACCCCCCACCCACCCCGUUUGUUUCUCUUGGUUUUUUAGCUCAGUCCUCCAUAUUGUCUUCUCCAAGAGGUUCUCGCUCUGCUUCCAGAAAACUGGAAGUUUGCUGGCAGGUGAGGGGGAAAAUGACACCCUGAGCAUCAGACCUUUGCUGUGAAAGUUGUGCCCCUUGUGCACAUGUCCACAUAAGAGAAGAAGAUGUGUGUUGUGGUACUCAAGAAACUGUAGGAGGUGUGAAUCCACCUCUGAGGGAGCAUAAAGCCACAAGUGAAAAAUGGUUGAUCUGAGGGUAGGCCAAGAAGCAACGGGUGGAAACGAAUCAAGGAGAGAAGCAACUUAGAACUAAGGAGAAAUUUCCUGACAGUGAGAACAAUGAAUCAGUGGAACAACUUGCCUCCAGAAGUUGUGAAUGCUCCAACACUGGAAGUUUUUAAAGAAAAUGUUGGAUAGCCAUUUGUCUGAAGUGGCGUAGGGUUUCCUGCCUAAGCAGGGGGUUGGGGAGGAUGGGGCUAAAGCAUUAAUUUAAAUGUGGAUUAACCUGGACUUUAAGAAGUGUGAACUUCAACUCCCAGAAUGUCUCACCCUGCAUGGAGAAUUCUGGGAAUUUAUUAGGUGCUGGCUUGGGAAUUCUGGGAGUUGAAGUCCUCAUGUCUUUAAACGAGGCCCAGGUUGAGAAACACUGAUUUAAAGUUAGUUAUCGAUGUUCCUGGUUUCAUCUCAAUUCUCCCCUCACCGAGAAGUUAAGCAAAAUGCCGCGAAAUGCCGUUUCUCCAGGCGUCAUCUUUGUGGCCAACAAAACUUGGAAUGACCAUCGCCGCUGGCUGGUUCCCCGCUGCCAUCUAGUGUUCGUCCGGACAGCCACUAUUCUGCCUCAGUUGCCUUGUGUCCCUGUUAUCCUAACAACCAUGGGAACUUUAUAGUUUUGGGGUUGUUGUUUUUUUUAUGGGGGGGGUGUUCAAAGGGGUUUCGGAGAAUUCAAUAGCACUCUAGGUUCAGCUGGCCUGACAGGUGCGAAACUAAACAGGGAAUUUGAGUUGGGAAGCUCAUUUGAAGAUUUUGGGGUGGGUCACCACUUGUGGUACUAAAUUUAUAUAUAUAUAUAUAUAUGUAGGUCUGGUUAUUCGGGUUUUCUCCCGCGUAAAAUUGGAAGUGUCUUGGCGACGUUUCGACGAAGUCUCAUUCAUUCUCAUUCAUUUCGCGGGAGAAAACCCGAAUAACGAAAGACCUACAUACAAACACCCGCGAAAACCUCAGAAAACAAAUAUAUAUAUAGGUUAUAUAUAUGUAAAUAUAUAUAUCUUUGGUUAUUCGGGUUUUUUCCCCGUGUAAAAUUGGAAGUGUCUUGGCGACGUUUCGACGAAGUCUCAUUCGUCAUCUUCAGGCUUCAGCUUCGUGCUUCUGGAAGCAAUGUGUCCUGUUUGGGUGGGGGCUUGGUUGUGCUGUUGCACUGCAGCUCACCAGCUCAAAUCCCCCUGCAACUCAGACUAAUCUGAGCACAACCAAGCCCCCACCCAACAGGACACACCCCCAGCCAAUCAGAGCACAAAAAAACCCCAUCCAAUCAGAUCACAGCCAAGCUCCCACCCAAUCAGUUCAAACCCCCACUAGCAGUUAAAAAGGAAGAAACAGCUGCAAUCACACAUUGCUCCCAGAAGCACGAAGCUGAAGCCUGAAGAUGACGAAUGAGACUUCGUCAAAACGUCGCCAAGACACUUCCAAUUUUACGCGGGAGAAAACCCGAUUGGAAGAGUUCAUACUUACAUGUUUGCAAAGGUAAACCUAUAUUUCUAGGUAGGCUUGCUGGAAAAAAGGCUUGACAAGACAGAUGAAGGUUUAACGCUGGCUGCAGACUAGCCAUUGUUCACGAAUUAUCGAGCAUAAUUGUGGCAUAAUUCUGCAAGAUUUAGUGGCCCACUGAAAGCGAGGCUGUGAUUGAGCGGGAUACAGCUGAGGCCAUUAGGCUGAGCCAAUGGUGACUUUUAAGAGGUGUAGGAGGACUUCAACUCCCAGAAUUCCCUAGCCAGCAUGGCUGGCCAGCUGAGGAAUUCUGAGAGUUGAAGUCCACAUUGGAGUCUUUUAAAAGCAGCUACGGUUGAAGAACACUGUUCUAAACUACCUGAAAUUUUGGCUUCGUGUGCUUUAGGAUGUAAUCCUAGCCUAUUGUGUUUUUGUCAACCAGUCAUGCCCUCGUACCAUUCACGACACACCUCCUGUGUUUUUAAAAUUGUCUACCGCUAGAGAAAGUACAGCUUUCCGUCUGUACAGCCAUUUUUUUUCCCCCAGCCAGGUAUUGCAAAUAAAGUCUGUUAACUCCCUUAGUUCUAUUUUUCUUGUACAAUAUUUCUUAACCACUAAAUGUAAAGUAGCCUGUAUAUAGUGUACAUCUUGUGUAUUGACCGGGUGCUUGGUUAUCAAUAAAGUGCACAAUAUAAUUCUGUAACCAUCGGGGAUCUUGUAUGGCUCUUUUUAAAUCCCAUUUAGGAGACGGAGCUCUGCUCGAGAUCGCAGCGUGAAAGUCAGUUCGAGGAAGGUGGACACAAUUCGAAGAAAAUGUAA